AUGGGAGUGGAUAUCCGCCAUAACAAGGAUCGCAAGGUGCGAAGAAAGGAGCCCAAAAGUCAGGAUAUCUACCUGAGACUAUUGGUUAAGCUGUACCGGUUCUUGGCCCGUCGUACAAAUUCCAACUUCAACAAGGUGGUGCUGAGACGACUUUUUAUGAGCCGUGCAAACAGACCCCCUCUUGCAAUCUCUCGACUUAUCAGGAAAAUGAAACUGGCAGGACGUGAAAGCAAGACUGCUGUAGUGGUGGGCUGCAUCACAGAUGACGUUCGUAUUCACGACAUCCCCAAGCUCAAGGUGUGUGCCCUUAAAGUCACUGCUGGUGCCCGUGACCACAUCCUGAAGGCUGGAGGACAAAUCAUGACAUUUGAUCAGUUGGCUAUGGCCUCGCCGAAAGGGGAGAACACAGUUUUGCUCUCUGGUCCUCGUAAGGGUCGCCAGGUCUAUAGACACUUUGGAAGGGCACCGGGUACUCCACACAGCCACACUAAGCCCUACAUUCAGUCUAAAGGUAGAAAGUUUGAACGUGCCAGAGGUCGCAGAGCUAGCAGAGGAUACAAGAACUAA